CACCACCCUUCCUCCGCGCAGCCGAGCGACCCCAAACCCACCGCCCGCCGCCCGCCGCCCGCCAUGGACGAGCUGUUCGACGUCUUCGAGGACGGCCCGCACGCCGCAGCGGCCGCCGCGCCGAAGAAGAGCAAGAAGCGACAGGCGAACGGGCAUGUUAAGCCGCCCGUCGACGCCGCCGACGCGCACAUGCCGGAUGCGCCCUCCUCCUCCUCCCCCGCCGCCGCCGCACACGAGCACGGCGGGCAGCUGCCGAAACGCCAGAAGCGCGACGAGCCAGAGCCCGUCGUCACAGACGCCUUCGAGACAGAGCAGUCGCGCGAGGUGGCCGCCAGCGCCGGCCUGCAGGGCCAGGCGCCGCCUGACGGGCAGGCCGUCGUGCUCUCGCACCAGGUCCGCCAUCAGGUCGCCCUUCCGCCCGGCUGCGACUACGUGCCCCUCUCGGAGCACAAGGCGCCCGCGGAGCCCGCCAAGACAUGGCCCUUCACCCUCGACCCCUUCCAGCAGGUCUCCAUCGCGUCGAUACAGCGGAAUGAGAGCGUGCUGGUCUCGGCGCACACGUCGGCAGGAAAGACUGUCGUAGCCGAGUACGCCAUCGCGCAAUGCCUGAAGAACAACCAGCGCGUCAUAUACACCAGCCCCAUCAAGGCGCUGAGCAACCAAAAGUACCGAGAGUUCAUGGCCGAGUUCGGCGACGUGGGUCUCAUGACGGGCGAUGUCACAAUCAACCCCACGGCCACCUGUCUGGUCAUGACUACCGAGAUUCUGCGUUCCAUGCUGUACAGAGGCUCCGAGAUCAUGCGCGAGGUGGCAUGGGUCAUCUUCGACGAGGUCCACUAUCUGCGUGACAAGUCCCGAGGCGUCGUGUGGGAGGAGACCAUUAUCCUCCUGCCCGACAAGGUCCGCUACGUUUUCCUGUCCGCCACCAUCCCCAAUGCCAUGCAGUUCGCAGAGUGGAUCACCAAGACACACAGCCAGCCGUGCCACGUCGUUUACACCGACUUCCGUCCCACCCCUCUACAGCACUACUUCUUUCCCGCAGGCGCCGACGGCAUCCACCUGGUCGUAGACGAAAAGGGCGUGUUCCGCGAAGAGAACUUCCAGAAGGCCAUGGCGUCCAUCUCCGACAAGGCCGGAAGCGAUCCCGCAGAUCUCAUGGCCAAGAGGAGGGGCAAAGGCAAGGACAAGCGGACCAACAAGGGCGGCAACAAGGACCAGACGGACAUCUACAAGAUCGUCAAGAUGAUCAUGGUCAAGAGCUACAACCCAGUCAUCGUCUUCAGCUUCAGCAAGCGGGAGUGCGAGAACUAUGCCCUCUCCAUGAGCCAGCUCGCCUUCAACGACGAAUCGGAGAAGGCCAUGGUGUCCAAGGUCUUCAACAGCGCUAUUGAGAUGCUGUCCGAGGAAGACCGUUCGCUGCCCCAGAUCCAGCACAUUCUUCCUCUGCUUCGAAGAGGCAUCGGCGUCCAUCACUCCGGUCUGCUGCCUAUCCUGAAAGAGACCAUCGAGAUUCUGUUCCAAGAGGGCCUCAUCAAAGUCCUGUUCGCUACCGAGACUUUUUCUAUCGGCUUGAACAUGCCGGCUAAGACAGUCGUCUUUACCAGCGUACGCAAAUUCGAUGGUGUUUCGCAGAGAUGGGUAACACCCUCCGAGUUCAUUCAGAUGUCCGGUCGCGCCGGUCGUCGUGGUCUUGACGAACGCGGUAUUGUUAUCAUGAUGAUCGAUCAGCAAAUGGAGCCAGCAGUGGCCAAGGAGAUUGUGCGCGGACAGCAAGACAACCUGAACUCUGCCUUCCAUCUCGGGUACAACAUGAUCCUCAACUUGAUGAGAGUGGAAGGCAUCUCGCCCGAGUUCAUGCUGGAGCACUGCUUCUUCCAGUUCCAGAACACCGCCAGUGUCUCCAACCUCGAGAAGCAACUGCAAGAGCUCGAGACAGAAAGAGCGAAUAUGGCCAUCGUUGACGAGACGACUGUCAAAGACUACUAUCAGCUGCGGCAGCAAUUGGACAGCCAUACGAAAGACAUGCGCGAUGUGAUCAUGCAUCCAAAUUACUGCUUACAGUUCUUACAGUCUGGCCGCCUGGUGAAGGUCAAAUUCAAGGACUACGAUUUUGGUUGGGGUGCCGUCGUCAACUGCCUUCCCCGCAAAGCCAACAAGGGCGAGAUUCUCACUCCCCAGCAAUCGUAUGUUGCCGAAGUUCUCCUAUUGGUGUCCAGUGACACCAAGUUCGUGCAGCAAAGUAAUAGUGAUCUGCCUCCGGGCGUCCGUCCGCCUGGCCCUGGGGAGAAAGGCAAGAUGGAAGUCGUGCCCGUGCUUCUGUCGAGCAUCGAUUCAAUCGGCCAUCUCCGCGUGUUCCUUCCGGACGAUGUCAAGUCAACCGAGAAGAAGAACAAUGUUCGCAAAGCGUUGGAAGAGGUGAAGAAGCGGUUUCCCGACGGCAUUGCUAUUCUAGAUCCCAUCGAAAAUAUGAAGAUCCACGACGAAGGAUUCAAGCGGCUGCUUCGGAAAAUCGAGGUGCUGGAAUCGCGCCUCCUCUCAAAUCCUCUGCACAAUUCACCGAGGUUGCCCGAGCUCUAUAGCCAGUACGCAAAGAAAGUGGCGCUCGGAGACAAGAUCAAGAACCUCAAGAAAGAUAUAGCGAAUGCGCUGUCGGUCAUCCAGCUUGAUGAGUUGAAGAGCCGCAAGCGGGUUUUGCGCCGCCUAGGCUUCAUCGACGAGGCCGACGUGGUGCAGAUCAAAGCCCGUGUUGCGUGCGAGAUUAGCACCGGCGACGAGCUUGUGCUGAGCGAGCUUCUCUUCAACCGCUUCUUCAACGAGCUGACACCGCAGCAGUGCGCUGCCUGCCUGAGCUGCUUCAUCUUCGAGGAGAAGAGCAAGGAGACACCAGCGUUGAAGGAGCAGCUGGCCAAGCCCUUCCGCGACAUCCAGGCGCAGGCCAGGGUCAUUGCCAAAGUCUCACAAGAGAGCAAGCUGACGGUCAAUGAAGCGGACUACCUCCAAUCAUUCAAGUGCGAGCUCAUGGAAGUAGUCUUUGCCUGGUCGAAGGGCGCUUCCUUUGCAGAAAUCUGCAAAAUGACCGACGUGUACGAAGGCAGUCUCAUCCGGCUGUUUAGGCGGCUGGAGGAGCUGCUGCGACAGAUUGCCCAGGCCGCCAAGGUCAUGGGCAGCGAGGAGCUCGAACAAAAGUUCACGGCGGCGCUCGAGCUGGUGAGGAGAGACUUGGUGGCGGCACAGUCGCUAUAUCUGUGA